AUGGAGGAGGAAAAAAGUAGGCAUCGCAAGUACCGCAGGGAUAAACCCUGGGACAAUGAUACAAUAGAUCACUGGAAAAUCGAACCAUUUACUUCUGAGGAGAAUGAACCUUCUUUGGUUGAGGAGAGCUCAUUUCGAAUAUUAUUUCCAAAAUACAGAGAAAAAUAUAUACAAUCGGUUUGGGGUGACGUUAAAAGAUGUUUGUCUCAAUAUCACAUAAACUGUGAGCUGGAUCUGUUGGAAGGGUCAAUGACUGUAAUAACUACAAAUAAAACCUGGGAUCCAUAUAUAAUCAUUAAAGCUAGAGAUUUGAUUAAAUUGUUGGCUAGAAGUGUCCCCUUUCCGCAGGCUAAAAGGAUACUUGAGGACGGCGUUUACUGCGAUAUUAUUAAAAUAGGAGGAUUAAUUAGGAAUAAGGAAAAGUUUAUAAAGAGAAGACAAAGGCUUGUUGGACCAGGCGGCUCAACUCUGAAAGCAUUGGAACUACUCACAGAAUGCUAUAUACUAACACAAGGCCAAACAGUAUCAGCAAUCGGCUCAAUAAAGGGUAUUAAAACCGUUCGUAAAAUCGUAGAAGACUGCAUCUACAACAUUCACCCAGUGUACUAUAUUAAGGAAUUAAUUAUUAAAAGGGAAUUAAACAAAAAUGAAAAGUUAAAAAAUGUACCUAAUCCUAUAGAAAAUUGGGAUAGAUUUUUACCUCAUUUUAAGAAGCGUUGCGUGAAGAGGAAGAAGACUAAGGUGGUUAAGAAGAAGAGUGAGAAUGCGUUACUCAUACCAAUUCAGCAACCGAGGAAGGAAGACAUUCUUCUGGAAACUGGAGAGUACUUUAUGCGCGAGGAAGAGAGGAAGAGGAAACAACAAUUUGAGCGGAGAGAGAAACAAAAGUUAAAACACCAAGAAAAAAAACUAAAAAAAUUACAAAUUUAUGAAAAAAACGGCGCAAAAGAUACAGCUGAGGAUAAAUCUACAAGUGAAACGGUAGAAAAAGCAGAGAUUGAAAAAUCGGAUAAAAAAGUGAUCAGCAAAAAACCCAGUAAGCCAGCAUCGAAAGAUUAUUUCAUAUAA